GCCACAGUUGUUUAAGCCACUCACUCUAGCUUGCAUAUCAUAAGCUUCAACUAGCCGGUUCAACUCAACUGCAUAAUCUGCACAGACAGGAAGCAGCAGGCUCUGCGAGAGUUGAAACGAUCUUCUGUCUGUUGCCAUGGCCUCCUUCAAGCUGACGAACCUGUGCUUCAUAGUUGUCAUGUUCUUUGCUGUCUUCUCCUGUUGCAGAGGGCAGGGAGGUGGUGGUGCUGGAGCAGGAGCGGGAGGCGGAGGGGGGUCGGGCAUUGGUGCGAUAGUACCAGGGACGCAGGACUCGGUCCAGAUUGUGGCGCAAGCUGCUCUCUGCUUUGACAACAGACCAGUGCUCACCGGGUGCCUGCAGGCUAUGGGCAUCAAUGCCAGCGGCACCGGCGCGAGCAUGCCGCCGCCUGCCCCGGGCGGCGCGUCGACGGCGAUCAUGUGCAGCCCGCCGUGCUUCGGGCACGUGACCAUGAUGAUGAGCUGCGUCAACGCCAUCUUCGGCAACUUCGUCAGCUACAACCCCGGCCUCAUGCAGGGCGUCCAGGCCGUCUUCCAGAUGUCCUGCGGCAACGUCAACGGCCCAGGAGGAGCCGGAGCAGGAGCCGGCGGUGCUGCCGGUGGAAUGGGAGGCGGGCCGGCUGGUAACGCUGGUGGUGGUGCUGGUGCCGGCGGUGCCAGUGGUGGAGUUGGAGGCGGGGCUGCCGGUGGCAUUCCUAACGGCAUCGGCGGGCCCGGUGGCAUUCCCAACAGUAUGGGCGGUGCCGCUGGCGGAGGCGGUGGCGCGGCCGGUGCUAGCGGUGGAGGUGCCAGUGGUACUACUAACAGCAUCGGCGGGGCCAUGGGCGGAGGCGCCGGUGCCGGAGGAGCUAGCGGUGGGGCUGGAGGCGGCAACGACACUACCAACGGCGGCGCUGCCACCGGUGCCAUUGGCAGCGACAACAUCACAAGCGUUUCACCCAAUGCAGGCUCGCACGUGGCGGUGAGCAACCAAAGUCAGCCGACCAGCAGCGCGGGCGGGCCCACUCUCAGUCUCAAAGGCGCCUGCUCCUCCGUGCUGGCGAUCUGGGCCGGCGCAUGGCUGGUGCUGUUCUAGGUUUGACAGAAACGGCGACGGGCACGUUGCAGCGGGUUGUGAUGAUCUCGUCUUGAUGAAUGCUGUGUUUGCACGUGUUGUUUUCAGCCUCCUAAUGUUGAUGGCCUUCUGUCCAAAAAAGGAAAAAUGUUGAUGACCUGGUUGUGCUUGAUCAUUCCUAUAACUCGGAUCAGUUUUGUCCAGAAUGAUCCAACUGGGUGGCACCUCCAUCCUUAGAGAAAAAUUCAUCACAUGUCACAAAACUUGAGCCGGCUGAUACUUUAGUACCACUACUUCAAAA